CUCUCCAUCUCUGACAGCUUCAGCCUCGGGCAGCAAGUGUCUCAGGUGUGCUGUUACCUGCCCAGGUGUGCUCAUUCAUUUGGAUGGCAGCUCAAGCAGAAUAGGAAUCAUCUUCAGUCCACCAGAAACUAGAAUCCACCAGAUGUCUCAACAUGAUCCUCAUCUUUAUUUUUGUUUGUCUCCCGGCUGUAAAACCCCAGGACCUCCAGGACCAGUGCCCUGGCGGCUCCUGUCACCCUCAGCUUGGUGACCUGAUGGUGGGACGGGGAGCGCAGCUCUCAGCCUCGUCCACCUGCGGUGUGGACGGACCCCAGAACUACUGCAUCGUUGGAUACCUGGAGGGGGAGAAAAAAUGUUUCACAUGUGACUCCCGACUGCCGUUUAGUCCCCAAGGCAACCCACAGAGCCAUCGUAUCGAGAACGUCAUCACAACGUUUGACUCCGACAGACGACUGAAGUGGUGGCAGUCUGAGAACGGAGUUCAUCAAGUCAGCAUCCAGUUGGACCUGGAGACUGUCUUCCAGUUCAGCCACCUGGUCCUCACCUUCAAGAGCUUCAGGCCUGCAGCCAUGCUGGUGGAGCGUUCGAAGGAUUUUGGACGAAGCUGGAAAGUUUUUCGCUACUUUGCAGACGAUUGUUCCCUUCAUUUUCCUUCAGUUCCUGCAGAACCUGCCAGCUUCAUUGACGAUGUUGUCUGUGACAGAAGAUACUCUGGACCAGAACCAUCCGCAGGUGGAGAGGUGGUGCUAAAAGCUCUGGAUCCUGUCUUUGAAAUAGAUGACCCAUAUGCUCCAAACAUUCAAGAGCUGAUCACCUUGACGAAUAUCCGUGUGAACUUCACUCGUCUCUUCACGCUUGGUGACACGCUGCUGGCUCGCAGACGCAGAGAUCCUCAGGAGAAAUAUUAUUACUCGCUUUACAGCAUGGUGGUUCAGGGAAGCUGCUUCUGUAACGGACACGCCAGCCGCUGUGUCCCUGUGGACGGAGGACGUGGGGACGUCUUCACCCAGUCUGACAUGGUUCACGGUCGCUGUGUCUGUCAGCACAACACAGCUGGGGAGAACUGUGAGAGAUGUCAGCCGUUUCACAAUGACUCCCCCUGGAAGCCUGGAGGAGAAACUACACCCAACAUCUGCAGGAGGUGUAACUGUCACGGUCACUCAGACUCAUGUCACUUUGAUGCUGCUCGCUACGAAGAGACCGGAGGUGCAAGUGGCGGCGUGUGUGACGACUGCCGCCAUGACAGGACGGGGCCUCAGUGCGAGCGCUGCCGACCUUUCCUGUAUCAGGACCCGCAGAGGGCGUUAGAGGACCCCCACGCCUGCAUACCGUGUGACUGCGACCCCGCCGGCUCCCACAGCGGCGGUUUGUGUGAUGCUUCAAGCGGUCGAUGUUUGUGUAAGGAAAACGUGGAGGGUCAACGCUGUGAUCGCUGCAAACAUGGUUUCUUCAAUUUGAGAUCGGACAACCCGGUUGGGUGUGAAGUCUGCAGGUGCCACGGCUUGGGAAGUGUUGGACCAUGCGAUCCGCUUACAGGGAGCUGUAAAUGUGAGCCAAUGGCCACCGGGCUGCUGUGUGAUCAUUGUGUGGCAGGUUUCUGGGGUUUGGGAAACUCAGUCUUCAAAUGUUCACCCUGUGACUGUGAUGUUGGCGGAGCUAGCAGCAACAUGUGUUCUUCAGAGAAUGGACAGUGUUCCUGUUUACCCAACAUGGUGGGCCGGCGCUGCUCUGACUCUGCUCCUGGUUACUUCCUGCCCUCGCUCAUCUACUUCCUGUAUGAGGCGGAACUCGCUGCACAGCUGACAGGAGGGAGUUCCUCCCCUACUCCUCCUGCUCCUCUUCCUGUUUUUCCCUCUUCCUCUCCACUGGUGAAUCCCGCCCUUUUGCCUUCAUGUGAGCAGUAUUUCAGACGUCAGGGCUAUGACUUCCGGAUCUCCAAUGGAAAAGUGAUUUUGAUACGGAGGCCUCGUCAUCUCACCCGUCGGAGGAGACGGCAGAAUACCAACCCUUUGAACCGGGGGCCCCUGCAGAUCCUUCCCCACCAGGGCUCACCUGAGCAGUCAGGAACUGGUCUUGGAUUGGUCAGAGUGACAGAGGGGGUGGGGCUUAGAUUCACUGUGGACAACCUGCCAACAUCGAUGGAGUACCAGCUGGUGAUCCGCUAUGAAUCUGAGUCUGUCACCGAUUGGGUGGCGAGAGUGAACAUCAUCACGCUGUCACCAGGAGAUGGAGGCUGCAGUGACGACCCUCCAUCAGGAAGUCUGACACUGAUCCUCCCCAGAAGCUCCAGAUUAAGUAUUCUGGAUUCCCGGGUGUGUCUGAACGCCAGAGGUCGAUACUAUGUGGAGAUUUUCUUUGACAGGCAGCAAAGAUCAGACUACGCUCCUCUGCUGGUCGACUCGAUGGGAUUGGUUCAGAGUUUCUAUUCAGUCCAAGACUUCUGCUCCCAGAGUGACUUUGACUCUUUCAGUCACUUUCGCUGCGUUGGAUUGGACGUGUAUCUCGGUUCUCAGGAGUCACUUCCAAAAAUCUGCGAAGGACUGAUCAAGAGUCUGUCGGCACGCAUCCACAACGGAGCUGUGGCCUGCACGUGUAACGUUAUUGGUUCUCUUGGAUCGGGAUGCAGUACGCUGGGCGGGUUAUGUGAUUGUAAGCCCAGCGUGAUCGGCCGUUGCUGUGACGCUUGUGCACCUCUGACCUUUGGGUUUGGACCUGAAGGCUGUAAACGAUGCGAGUGCGACCCUCAAGGUUCUCUGUCGGAGGCGUGUGACCCGAGCGGAGGUCAGUGUACGUGUCGCCCCCGGGUAUCCGGUCGACGCUGCGAUCAAUGCGAAUCUGGAUUCUGGAGAUUCCCGCUGUGUCAGCCUUGUGACUGCAACGGCCUGUCGGAAACCUGCGAUGGAUGGACCGGACAGUGUGUGAACUGCAGGGAGCACAGCAGCGGGUCGCACUGUGACAGGUGUGUAGAGGGUUACUAUGGUAACCCGGUCUCCAGGCAACCCUGUCAGCCCUGCCUGUGCCCUGAUAUCCUGAGCAGUGGACGGUUCUUCGCCUCUUCCUGUCGAUACGACCCGCAGUCCGUCAGAGUGAGCUGCUCCUGCAGGGAGGGACACACAGGUGAACGAUGUGACAGGUGCAGUUCGGGUUUCUACGGCGACCUGAGGUUGCCAGGUGCCGUCUGCAGGGCGUGCUCCUGCAACAACAACAUCGACCCGGACGACAGCGAUGCCUGCGACGGCACAACCGGAGAAUGUCUCCGCUGCCUUCACUACACAACGGGUCCACGGUGCCAGUUCUGCAAGCCUGGUUACUAUGGCAACGCCCUGCAACACAACUGUAAAGAAUGCUCCUGUGAUCGCCGGGGGACCAAGGCGACUCUAUGUCCCCUGGAGAGCCCCUGCUUCUGCAACAGGGAGACAGGACAGUGUCCCUGCAGGACGGGUGUGGUGGGAAAUCUCUGUGAUAAAUGUGAGGACGGGUUCUGGAACCUGGACGGAGCGUCAGGGUGUCAGCCCUGCAGCUGUGACCCGUCUAACUCCGUCUCUAACAUCUGCGAUAAGGUGUCGGGACAGUGUCCCUGUCGUCCUGAGUUUGGAGGAAGACAGUGUGACGAAUGUGGAGAAAACUAUUUUGGGAAUCCAGACCUGCAGUGCUUUUCUUGUGACUGUAACCUUGAGGGAACGCAGCGCCCGUCGUGUGACCCUGAAACUGGUGAGUGCAUCUGUCGGACUGGCGUCACCGGUAUCCUCUGUGACGAGUGCACUCCAGGCUACAGCUCAGAGUUUCCUGCCUGUGAGAAAUGCCAUGAAUGCAUGGUUCUGUGGUCCGAAAACGUCACUGACAUCCAGCGAGCCGCCCAAAGGAUGAGGACGUUCAUCCUUCUCCAUGGCAACACCCAGCAUUCCACUCACAGUCAGUACUGGCAACGGAUGCUGGAGAUUCACUCCAGACUGGACAGCUUUGGCAACAUGACUGGUUUCUCUCUGCCAAAGCUGGAGAAGGUAGAGAAACUCUACAUGAAGAUUAGGAAGAUGAAAGAUGCUGUUGACACCAACAUAAUUCUGAUCGACCCGUCUGUCCUCCUUAACAAUGAAAUCAAUAACAUUAACGUAGAGUUUCAGAAGAUGCUAAAAAACCUGAAGGAUAAACUCAUCAAGGAUCCAAACAAGAAAGAAACUCAGCCAGUGGAAGAGAUGCUGCAGGAGAUCCAGAAGCUUCAUAAAACUUUCAUGUCAGAUGAAAAGCGGGUGAGAAACUCCAAUAAAGCUGUGGAGGACUCCAUGGACACCAGAUGGGAGACUAAGCGCAAACUGAGCAUGUGGAGCGGCAGAGAAGAUCUGGCAACUCUGGAGAAGAAGGUCAAGGAGCUCAACAUGCGCCAACUCAACCAAAAGGUCUGUGGGCAACCGGAUCCGGAGGACUGCUCUGGAUGUCCCGGAGGUCAGAUCUGUGAUGGAGCUGUUCCUCAUGCCCAGAAAGCUUCUGAGACGGCAGAGAAAGUAAAAGAGCAACUCAUCAAAUUCCCAUCCAGCCUGGACGAGUCAAAGAAAAAGAUCAGUGAUGUCCAGCAAGUGGCUCAGGACACCAAAGACCAGGCCCAAGACCUGCAGCGCCAGAUCAGCGACAUCACCAAAUCAGUGGAGAGAGAGAAAAACAAAACCAGAGAGCUCAUCCAGAGAGUCAAACAAUAUCUGAUGGAUGAAAUGGUUCCUCCAGGUGACAUUGAGAAAAUGGCGAACGCUGUCCUGAGGAUCCAGCUGCCACGAUCACCUGCUGAGAUCCAAUCGAUGAUCAAUGAGAUCAAUAAACUUUUGAACAACAAAUUCCAGGAGGACCUGAAGAAGCUGCAGGAUGAAGCCAAAACAGCUCAGGAACUUCUGCAGAAAGCGACAGAUGUCAAGGAGCAAACUAAAAACAUCAACGUUAAAGACAUCCUCAGUGACAUUAUUGCUGCAGACACAGCUCAGAGCAAAGCCAACGAUGACCUGGAGGUUGCAAAUAAGGACAGAGACGACGCCAAUGACCGAAUCCAAGAGAUGGAAAACAAACUGAACAACAUUGAGGAUAAGCUGAUGAACCAGUCUGUAGGUCUGCUGGAGGAGAGUGAAGCGCUGAAAAAUAAAACAGAGCAAAACAGAGAAAUGGCAAAAGAGGCCAGAGAAACUGCUGAGUCAGCAUUGACCAACAUUUCUAAUGACAGGGAGCUGCAAGGAGUUCAGGAGCAGUUUGAGCUUUUAAAUCAGAAGCACUUGAACAAAACACUUGAAGACGAAGCCGCAGAUCGACUGCAGAAAAUCCUGAAGGAGAUUGAAGAUAUGCAGAGACAAAUGGAGGACAGACUCCAACAGAUAGAAGACGUGGAGCAGAAGAUCCAGCUGCUGAUCCAGAGGAAGGAGGAGAAAAUAGUCGAGGUGGCCGAUCUGCUGAACACGGUGGAGUCACUUCAAAAGGAAAUCAACUCUAAAGCUCAAUAUUACGUCACAUGUUCCUCAUAAGUCCUGCAGGGUCCUGAAAAUAAAGACAAAUGAUGACUUAAUGUUUUAUACAUAUAUAUCUGAAGUUAAAAUUAAUGCUCUUACAUUUUGCAAUAUUUGCUUUUUUAUGUUAGAAACUUUUACAAAGAUCACACCUUACAUCAUGAAAAUAAAAAAUAUUAUAUUUG